CGCCAAAAGCACAUUCCUGUUUAUCUUGAAUUGUUGUGCAAAGUGCGGAGAUUGGAGCGAGAAGGACAUCGAAGGUGGCGAUGGCUGCGAUAGACACUGGCUGUGAAAAGGAAGAGUUUGUGUAUCGAAUCAGCACCGCCGAGGAGUGGGAGGAAUUCCAGAAGAAUGGAAGCAUGCUUGGUGGGGAUCUCGACAAAACUACUGGCUGUAUACAUCUCAGUAAGCUCGAUCAGGUUCAAUCAACUCUGCAGAACUUUUUCAUGAAUGUUAACAAAGAUCUAUACUUGCUGCAAGUUGAUGCUAAUAAGCUUGGAGAUGGAUUGGUUUAUGAAGCAGUUGAUGACUCUAACGUCUUUCCUCAUUUCUAUGGCCCCUCCCGAAGCUUUAGUCCUCUCCCACUGGACGCAAUUACAAAAGCAGAGAAGCUCGUUCUGUCAGAUGGCAAAUUCAAAUGCAGUUUAUUGAGCUGAUUGAGCGGAUUGAAGUGUGGAAUUCAUUCCAGCUGAAGAACCAAAGUGGGCAAUUGCAGGAAUUUAAGCUAAUGUUCCACUCAUAUUACAAUUAUGUUUAGAUCAUGAAACUGUGGUGCUAAAGAGCUAAUUAUUUGAAAUGACAAAGGCUUGUUUGUUUGGUAACAUAGUUAGCUUUAUCAGCUAAUUUUGACUUAUUUGACCACUAUUAAUUGUUUGACUUGGUUAAAUAGCCAAUAUAAGUGUUUGAUUAAGUAA